AACAAAAUAAAUAAACUUGAAGAUACUGAAUAUUUAAAGAUGAUAUUUAAAGAACUUCAGGAAUUUCAAAAAUACUGCUUUAUCUUGGCUGAUGAGGUGUACAUAAAACCUGGGCUACAGUACUCUGGUGGUAUUGUGUAUGGUGAAGCAGAAAAUAUCCAAGAAAAAGCAAAAACAGUUUUAACACUAAUGCUUCUUUGUCUUUUUGGUGGCCCAGGACUUGUUAUAAAAGUUUUUCCAGUUUGUAAAGUUACAACAAAUUUUCAAACAAGCAUAUUAGAAGAAUUAAAUCAACAAAUCAUAAUUGCAGGUGGAAAGCCUCUUGGGUUAAUAAUGGAUAACUGUCGAGUAAACCAAAAAACAUUUCAAUAUUUUAAUGCAAAAUAAGUUCCAGCAUACUAUCUUUUAAAUGACACUGUGCAUAUUUUAAAAUGUAUUCGAAAUAAUUGGAUCACUGAAAAAUUACAAUGUUUAAAAUAUAGAUUGCUAAAUAAUAACGAUACUGUGCGACUUGCAGAAUGGAAAUUUAUAAUUCAACUUCAUGCUGCAGAUAGUGGAAUAGUUAAGUUGUCACCCUUAACACAAAAAGCUGUGUCACCAAAACCAAUUGAACGACAAAAUGUUGGAUUAGUUCUUAAAGUUUUUUGUGAUGAAACAGUUGCAGCAUUACGUGUAAAAUUUCCUGAAGCUGAAGAUACUGCACUUUUUAUUGAAACAGUUGUUAAGUGGUGGCUUAUUGUCAACAGUAAAGCAAAAGGUCUAGAUAUUAGAUUAAAUGAUAUUCGAAGAAAGCCUAUUACUUCAGUCAAUGAUUGGCAAAUAGAUUUCUUAGAGAACCAUAUUUCGUAUUUUGCUGAAAAUUUGAAAUGCGUAAAUUCAAAAUUAAGAGAGAAAAAGUUAACAAUGGAUACUGCAAGUGCUUUGCAAAAAACUUUUAAAAGAUUAGCAAGCUGUGCCAAGUAUUUGUUGAAUUGCGGUGUAUCUUAUGUAUUGUUAGGACAUAUGCAAUCAGAUGCACUAGAAAAACAGUUUGGGAAAUAUCGGCAAGGGUCAGGUGGCACAUAUCUGAUAACUGUGCAAAAUGUUAUUCAAAAAUUUAGAAUCGACAAAACUAGAAAGUUGCUAGACAAGCAUACAGAUUUUACAAUAUUUCCUCCUGCUCACCACCACUGUGAUAAGUGUGAACUUGAUGUGGAGUUUAAUAUGUCAAUAUGUGAAAAUUGUGAGGAUCAGUUGCCAAAUGAAUGCAAACAAGGGCUUUUAUAUAUUGCAGGUUUUAUUGCUUACAAACUUUCAGAAUUACAUUCAAUUUUAGAAGAAACAGACACCUUUGAUAUGUUUCAAAAAUAUGGAACUUUGAUCAGUUCUUUGAACAGGGGAAGACUAAGAGAACCUUCUGACAAUUUAGUCUACUUUGUUUUUUAUUGUUUUUUUAUAUUUGAAGUGACACUUGUGAAUAAAGUUUCACCAUUGCUGUGCAAGAAAGGAUUAAUUGACAUUUUUAUUAACUGCAAUAGUAAAUUUCAAUUGCUUGUUCAUAGUGUUAAAAAAGUUUGCUGCAUUUUGGCAA